AUGUAUGCUGUGACUAUUAGUGAUGAGGGUGACUGUUACCGGUGUUUUCCGCCUGACCCAGGCAUAGAGGCUGCUGCGCUAGGUGCUUGUGAGGCUGCUGCUCUAGGUGCCAGUGCGUCUGCCGCCCCAGGUGCCGGUGAGUCUGCGCUCUCAGGUACUGCGUCGUCUCCUGCCACCCACACCUUCACCCUUGACUCGGGUGCUUCCCGCUCCUUCUUUCGAGACUGCACCACUCUCACGCCGCUCAGUCGGCCCGUUGCAGUCUCCCUGGCGGACCCCUCUGGGGGUCCUGUCCUUGCCCACUACUCCACUGUCCUACCGUGUCCAGCGGUCCCGUCUGGCUCCCUGUCGGGUCUUUACCUCCCCUCGUUCUCUACGAACUUGGUGGCGGGUGCUGACCUACAGGAUGGGGGGGUUGACCAGUUCACCCCUGCUCGUCAGCGGGUGACCCACUGCACGUGUGCAGACACGGGCCGACACUUGGCCACGUUUACCCGUCGGCCGGGGUCGAGCCUGUACACACUGACUACUGAGUCUCCUCCAGUCGCUGAGUCUGCUCAGGUAGCAGCGUCGGGUCAGGUGUUUGCUGCGGCGUCCAGGUCUGGCCCUGAGUCUGCCCCCUGCUCGUGUCGUCUCCUGUCCCACCGGACUCUCCUCUGGCACCACCGCCUUGGUCACCCCUCCCUGCCUCGUCUUCGAGGCAUGGCUUCCCGUCUUCUUGUCUCUGGCCUCCCCCGGUCCCUCCCUCCCCUUCCUCCGGGGCCUGCCCCCACCUGCGUUCCCUGCGUCGAGGGGCGGCAGCGCGCUGCUCCUCACUCCUCCGAGUUUCCUCCGACAGAGGCUCCGCUGCAGACGCUUCACAUGGACGUGUGGGGCCCCGCCCGCGUCCGUGGGCAGGGUCACGAGCGUUACUUCCUGCUGGUGGUUGACGACUACUCGCGUUACACCACAGUCUUCCCCUUGCGCAGCAAGGGUGACGUCACUGAGGUGUUGAUCGCCUGGAUCCGCGCAGCUCGUCUCCAGCUCCGGGAGAGUUUCGGCUCUGACUUUCCUGUUCUGCGUCUGCACUCCGACAGAGGCGGAGAGUUCUCCUCUGACCUUCUGCGGGCCUUCUGUCGUGCACGAGGCAUCCGCCAGACCUUCACGCUUCCGGACUCUCCGCAGCAGAAUGGGAUUGCUGAGCGCCGCAUUGGCAUGAUCAUGGACGUCGCUCGUACGUCCAUGGUCCAUGCGGCUGCCCCCCAUUUUUUGUGGCCGUUUGCGGUUCGGUACGCGGCGCAUCAGAUCAACCUUCACCCCCGGGUCUCCAGGCCGGAGACCUCCCCUGCUUUACUGUGGACGGGGAAGGUUGGCGAUGCGUCUGCGUUCCGUGUCUGGGGAUCUCGGGCGUUUGUCCGCGACUUGUCUGCGGACAAGCUGUCCUCUCGUGCUGUUCCCUGCGUCUUCCUUGGCUUCCCUCCUGACGCGCCAGGCUGGCAGUUCUACCACCCCACCUCGCGCCGUGUUCUGUCCUCCCAGGACGUCACCUUUGACGAGUCGGUUCCCUACUACCGUCUCUUCCCCUACCGCACUGCGUCCCUCCCUCCCCCGCCGCUCUUCCUUACGCCAGGUCCCCCUCCGGUAGACCCCCUCCCCCCUCAGGGUCCUGCUCCCUCAGGUGUGUCCCAGGUAGAUGCAGUCGAGCCUGUCGAGGUAGCUGUUGACUCUGGUGCUGCGUCUGAGGGUGCUGAGCCUGGGGGUGCUGAGCCUGGGGGUGCUGGGUCUGGGGGUGAUGCGAUUGGGGGUGCUGAGCUUGGGGGUGCUGAGCCUGGGGGUGCUGCGCCUGGGGGUGCUGAGCCUGGGGGUGCUGAGCCUGGGGGUGCUGUGUCUCGGAGUACGGAGCCUGAGGGUGCUGGACCUGCUCGUGUGGCGUCUGGUGGUGCUGGGCCUGGCGGUUCUUCGGGUGCUUCGUCCCGGCGGGGGCUAUUCUCUCCACAGGUUCUGCGUGAGUGGUUCGCCCGGCGCUGGCGGCGUGCUCCUGGAGCUGGAGCUGCUGCGUCUUCGGGUGGUCCGGCUGGAGCUGGAGCUACUGGGGGUGUUGGCGCUGGAGGUGCUACUGGCGCUGGUGCUGCUGAGGGUGCUGGAGUUGGCGCUGCUGGAGCUGGUGGUGCUACUGGUGCUCCUGGCGUUGGUGCUGCUGGUGCUCCUGGAGCUGGAGCUACUGGGGGUGUUGGCGCUGGAGGUGCUACUGGCGCUGGUGCUGCUGAGGGUGCUGGAGUUGGCGCUGCUGGAGCUGGUGGUGCUACUGGUGCUCCUGGCGUUGGUGCUGCUGGUGCUCCUGGAGCUGGAGCUACUGGGGGUGUUGGCGCUGGAGGUGCUACUGGCGCUGGUGCUGCUGAGGGUGCUGGAGUUCGAGCUGGUGGAGCUGGGGGUACUCCUGGUGCUGGUGCUCCCGUUGGGGGUGCUAGUGCUGUUCCUGCUGGCACUGGUGGCGCUACGCAACCACGGCCGUACUUCGUUCCGCUCCUUGAGCAGGUUCUUGGUCUUCCGUCCUCUCUUGGUCCUGCUCCUCCCUUAGCGUGUCCGCCUCCUGUCCAGUUUGAGUCCCAGUUACAGCCGGCCUCCCCGCUUCCUUCUCCUUCUCCCUACACUGGUCCUACUGGAGGUCUUGCUGAGCGUCGUGAGCCUGCGUCUCGCCCUGCGUCGCCUGUCCGUACUGCUCGCACUAGUGGUCGUGGUUUGCGUCAGCGUCCUCCCUCUGUUUUCGGCACGCACCGGAUGUCUCUGCGUCCUUCCACUGCUCCGCUGCGUGCCCCUUUGCCCUCUCCUCCAGCGUCCUCUCUUCCUGAGCUUCCUGACCCUGAGUCGGACUCCCUUCGUGCUGCGCGUCCUACUGUCACACGUCUCCUUGCUACUGUCGUCACUGACCCUUCCUUUGAGUCUACUGCUGCGUCUGCCCUCGUUGCUGAGCUUGUCGACUUCGCUGCUCGCUGUCGCCUAGACUACGCUGCCAGUCUCGUCGCUGAGUCUGAGUCUGUCUGUCCUCCGUCCGUCGGGGGUGAGUGUGCUCUUGGCACGGACGUCCUUGAGGACAGACAGGAGGAGUUCCAGUGCUUGGCUGCUGCUUCACCUCAUCUCGUGUCCAUGCUGCUUGCCCCUGAGGGAGACCCGGAUGCACUUGACAUCCCGACUCCGUGCUCUUACGCGGAGGCGAUAGAGGGUCCCUACUCCUCUCAGUGGCAGACAGCCAUGGACGCAGAGAUGGCAUCCUGGAAGUCCACAGGCACCUACGUCGACGAGGUUCCCCCUCCUGGGGCGAACAUCGUCGAUGGCAUGUGGAUUUUCAGGGUGAAGCGGCCGCCAGGUUCUCCGCCUGUCUUCAAGGCUCGUUACGUUGCUAGAGGCUUCAGUCAGCGUCAGGGAGUUGAUUUCUUCCAGACCUUCUCCCCCACCCCAAAGAUGACCACUCUUCGGGUUCUGCUGCACGUUGCUGCUCAGCGUGACUACGAGCUUCACUCUCUUGACUUCAGCACUGCUUUCUUGCAGGGCAGCCUGCACAAGGAGAUCUGGCUGCGCCGCCCACCUGGCUUCACUGGGACUUUUCCUCCUGGCACCCAGUGGAGCCUCCGGCGGCCAGUCUACGGUCUCCGCCAGGCGCCUCGUGAGUGGCACGACACACUGAGGACUACACUUGCGGCUCUUGGGUUUGCUCCUUCUACUGCCGACCCGUCGCUGUUUCUGCGCACCGACUCUUCCUUGCCGUCGUUCUACAUCCUCGUGUACGUCGACGACUUGGUCUUUGCUACAGCUGACACUGCUGGACUUGCCUACGUGAAGUCCGAGCUGCAGAAGAGACACACGUGCACAGACCUGGGUGAACUGCGCAGCUACCUUGGCUUGCAGAUCACCCGGGACAGAGCACAGCGCACCAUUACCCUGACUCAGUCACACAUGGUGCAGCAGGUCUUUCAGCGCUUCGGCUUCACGUACUCCUCGCCUCAGGCCACUCCUCUGCCUACACGCCACUCGCUCUCAGCUCUGCCUUCGGAUGAGUCCGUAGAGUCAAGUGGCCCGUACCCAGAGCUAGUUGGCUGCCUCAUGUACCUGAUGACCUGCACUCGACCUGACCUUGCAUACCCUCUUAGCAUUCUUGCAUGCUAUGUUGCUCCUGGGAGACACAGACCAGAGCACAUGGCUGCAGCGAAGAGGGUGUUGCGCUACUUGUGCAGUACGUCGGGCAUGGGGCUUGUGCUUGGAGGGCAGAGUUCAGGGGCCAUGGCUGCACAGGAGCUACGCUGGCUCACCUACCUGCUGACUGACCUGGGAGAGCCGCCUCGUUCUCCUCCAGUGCUGUACGUAGACAACAAGGCCAUGCUGGCCUUGUGUCGGGAGCACAGACUGGAGCACAGAACGAAGCACAUCGCUCUUCGCUACUUCCUUGCUCGUGAGCUGCAGCAGCGUGGUCAGCUGCGCCUUGCUUACGUGGCCUCUGAGGCCAACACUGCUGAUAUCUUCACUAAGGCACUCGCGCCUUGUGAUCAUCAGCGCUUCUGUACUCUGUUAGGUCUUGUGCCUACCUUGCCUCACUUGCUUACUUCUUGA